UAUGUGUCCGGAAGUGUUUUUGAAAGCUCGGCCAACUCCCAAAUAGCUUCCUUAUUCCCUAUGAACGCGCACUACGUAGGGUUUGAGAGAAUGACGUGUUCGGGCUAAGUAGUGACCUAUGUGUCAGGAAGUAAGGGAUUAGGGAUCGAGGCGUUGUCAAUGUGAUGCUCUGAAGUUGGUUACGGAGGGACCGGGGAAGAGUUUGGUGAGGGCUGCCGGCGGUUUAACGGGGUUCCUCCGGUAUGGGCCUGUUAGCGCGCGUGCGGAAGGAAUGGUUCAUUGUCGGUAUCGCUCUCGCGAUCGCUUCGGCCAAGCUCGCGCCGUCCGUCGGGGUGAAAGGAGGUCCUCUUCGGCCCGAGAUCACCAUCACCUACAUAGCGGUGUCAACCAUCUUCUUUAACAGUGGCCUGUCCUUAAAAACUGAGGAGUUGGCGAGUGCAUUAAUGCACGUGAAGUUACAUCUGUUUGUUCAGAUGUUCACUCUGGUCUUUUUCCCUGUGGCCAUCUGGGCUCUUCUCAAAGUCCUGGCACUCACUGCUAUAAAUGAAUGGCUUCUCAAAGGGUUGCAGACGGUGGGCUGUAUGCCUCCUCCUGUGUCGUCUGCCGUCAUCCUCACUAAAGCCGUUGGGGGGAACGAGGCUGCAGCCAUUUUCAACUCGGCAUUUGGAAGCUUUCUGGGGAUCGUCGUCACACCGCUGCUGUUGCUGCUGUUUCUUGGCUCGUCCUCAUCAGUACAGUUCUCCUCCAUCUUCUCUCAGCUCUUCAUGACCGUAGUUGUCCCUCUUAUAGUUGGGCAGGUCUGUAGGAGGUUCCUGAAGGAGUGGCUGGAGAGAAGGAAGCUUCCGUUCGGCACGGUGAGCAGCGUCGUCCUGCUUAUGAUCAUCUACACCACGUUCUGCGACACGUUCUCCAACCCCGACAUCGAGCUGGACCACCUCAGCCUCCUCAUCAUCAUCUUCAUCAUUUUCACCGUUCAGCUCACAUUCAUGUUCCUCACUUUUUUCUUCUCUACCAGGAAAUCUACAGGCUUCACCGCAGCAGAUUCUGUAGCAAUAAUGUUUUGCUCUACGCACAAAUCCCUCACGCUGGGUAUCCCCAUGCUGAAGAUUGUAUUCGCAGGCUUUGAACAUCUCUCGCUCAUCUCAGUGCCUCUGCUCAUCUAUCACCCGGCUCAGAUCCUCCUGGGCAGCAUCCUGGUGCCGACCAUCAAAGCCUGGAUGAACACGAGGCAGAAGUCUACCAUUUUAGUGCACUAAGUCUGCAUGCGUUUACCUCCUCCACCUGCGAGUCCGCCCUGAAACUGACCAACCUGCAGCCCAUCUGAGAGAAUUGGGAAUAAAUAUACCUCAGACUGUAACAUAACGGGACCCAAAGUGUGACCUGCAGUUUCCGUCAUUCCCCAUGAAGGAUGAAGGAUGAGGGAAGUUUUCCGGGAUGGAGGGAUGACCAAGUGCCUUAUUGCAACUAGUGGGACCUCAGGCAGCUUCAGCAGCUUGCCCAUCUCUCUCUCUCUCUCUCUCUCUCUCUCUCUCUCUGUCUCUCUCUAUCUCUCUCUCUCUCUCUCUGUCUCUGUCUCUUCUCUCUGCAGGGAAAUUAUAUUACGCAGACAAGCUCGAAAUAAUUCCACGAGUGAGUUUUUUUUUUUUUUUUAACAAAGGUGAAUGUACAGCUUUAUUUUUAUAUGAAGCGCUUAAUGCUCUCCACACCGAGAACUCCAUGAGGAUCUUUUUUUUCUUUCUUUUUUUUUUUUAAUUUGUUGUGGGGGGGUUUUUCCCCCUUAAUUUUAUUUUUAUCAUCAUUAGGGCUCCGGAUGCCUGAUCCGCUGGGUUUGUUGUUACGUUUCAGCGUUAUUUUUGUAUGUAUCUCAGCCUGACGUGGAGAUGGUUAGGUCAGUGUUGUUGACGUUAGAGCUGCGGACAGUAUGGACAGUACAUCAUGUUGCUGUUACGUACCGUGCAUUGUGACCUUUAAUCCCAAAUCAGGUUAAAGAAAGCGUUCCGUUAUUGGGGACCAAACAGAAUCCGGAUGUUGGGAUUCGUCCAAACUUUCAGGAUGAUUACUAACACGUACUAUAUUUACAGGUCAAAGGGUGAAUUUGAACAUUGCGUCCUGCAAAAUAUCAGUAUUGCAAAGUCUACCAUCACAACAACGAAUAACAAACAAUAUAUUGUACAAACCUACUGGAGAUCAGCCUCAUGUUUUUACUGCCACAUUUCCUCAGAUAAUAAAACACACGAAAGACUGAGUUACAA